UAGAUGGCAUUUGGGAGGCACACAGGGUAUACGGGGGUAUAGCAUGGCUCCGGUACGACGAACAAUUUCGUCAGCGGAUGGCAGUGAGGCAGGACGUGUGCUGGGAUCACCGGCAUAUCGGCCUCUGGAUGAGGCUGAUGAAUAACAAGGGUUACCAGGGGUAUGGCAGCACAGGGUCUAGCGGCCCGGGGGCUGGCGGCCAACAGCCCUUUCCAGGCAGCUCCAGCGGGCAAGCUUCCAGCCCAGCUGGAGCACACAAAAAAGGCACUUGCUGGCUAUACAAUGAUAGCCACUGCAAAUGGGGGCUAUCCUGCCGCUUCAAACAUGAAUGCUCUCUAUGUGCAGGAGCACACCCACUCAGUAGAUGCUUCAAAAAAGGCAAGGGGGCAGCGGGAAAAGCCAGGGACAGUUUUGGCAAAGGGCCUGACUCCAGUGAAGCUAGAAGCGAUGCUUCCAUGGCUAAAUGAGUACCCGGCCAGGGACAAGGCAGAGCUCUUAAUAAAGGGUUUUCGGGGAGGGGUUUAGGAUUCCGGGGAAGGAGGGGACAGGGGGGGUUCAUCAAAAAAAUUUGAGGUCGGCCAACAAAAAACCGGGGUUGGUAUUGGAAAAACUUCAGAAAGAGGUGAGCUUGGGGCGCAUGGCGGUCCCUUUAAAGACCCGCCACUGCAUAAUCUUAGAACAUCCCCCCUCGGCCUAGUGCCAAAAAAGGAAGCUGGAAAAUUCCGGCUAAUACACCACUUAUCCCACCCCAAAGGCAGCUCAGUUAACGAUGAAAUUGAUAAGGAAUUGGUACGGGUCUGCUACACCUCGUUCGACGAGGCGGUACACCUAGUGGGCAAGGCAGGACAGGGGGCCUUGAUGGCAAAGGCCUUUCGGCUACUGCCGGUACACCCAGAGUCACUACACCUGCUGGGCUGCCACUUCAAAAGGGAACUAUUAUGUGGACAGGAGCCUGCCCAUGGGCUGUUCCAUAUCCUGUGCUUAUUUCGAGGCAUUCAGCACUUUUCUGGAGUGGGUGGUACAUAAAAAGGCAGGAGUCACCUCAGUCAUCCAUUACUUGAAUGACUUUCUAUGCGUGGGCCCACAGCACUCCUACUCGAGACGCUACGCGAGGUUGCGGAACAAUUCGGGGUACCACUGGCACGGGAAAAGACAGAGGGCCCCACCACUUGCCUCAAAUUUCUCGGCAUUGAGAUAGAUACAAGCCGGCAGGAGUGCCGGCUCCCAAUGGACAAGGUAAUAAAGCUAAAGGAAGAAGAGUAUGCAAGGCAAGCGAGAAAGGUGACACUAAAACAGCUGCAGUCCCUACUAGGCAAGCUUAAUUUUGCAUGCCGCAUUAUCCCAAUGGGGAGGGUGUUUUCCAGGAGGCUGCCCCUGGCCACAGCAGGGGUUAGGCAACCACAUCAUUUCAUCAGGCUCAACCAGGGGCACAAAUCUGACUUAACGGUCUGGAGCAAUUUCCUCCAGGACUUUAACGGGAAAGUAUAUUGGUUGGAGAACACGGUAGAGAAUUCGGAGAUUAGUUUAUUCACGGACGCAGUGGGGUCAACGGGCUUUGGGGCAUUCUUUGCCGGCAAAUGGUGCAUGGCAAACUGGCCCCAGGAAUGGGCCAAGGGCAGGCUAACAAGUAACUUAGCCUUCCUGGAACUGUUCCCAAUAGUAGUGGCGGUGGAACUCUGGGGGCAGGCAUUGUCUAAUAAAUCGGUUCUGUUUAGGUCAGAUAACAUGGCAGUGGUCCUGGCGGUCAACAACCUGACCUCCUCCUCUCGCCCGGUGCUAUCACUCCUACGGCAUCUGGUAUUGCGCUGCCUACAACUGAACAUCAAGUUUAGGGCAAAACACAUUCCUGGUGAAAUUAAUGAGAUUGCUGAUGCUUUAUCUCGAUUUCAGUGGGACAGAUUUCGGUUUCUAGCGCCAGAAGCGGAACAGGAGGGAGAGCGAUGCCCAGACAUCGUUUGGAGAGUGGUGUCUCAGGUCCCCUUCAAUGCAAGGUAUGGCUCAUGGGACACUCCUUCAUACACUGGGCUGAAAGGAGGGCAUCAGUUCGUCAGGCCGAUGGUCAAUUGGGUUUCCCGGUGUCUCAGGUGAAGCUGCAGUGGGUCAGUAGGAGAGGGCUCAGGUGGGAGGAGUUAGUACCUCGGGCAGUGCAGGAAGCAAAAGAUUCGGGGCCACCCAGUGUCAUACUGCUACAUGCUGGAGGCAAUGACCUAGGCCAGUGUCCCAUGAAAGUCCUAAUUUCCACCAUUAGGAGAGACUGCUGAUUUUGAUAUGGUCCGACAUCAUUCCCAGAGAAAAUUGGAGGGGGGCCCGAUCUCAUAGGGCGGUAAACAGGGCCAGAAUCAAAACAAAUAGAGCGGUAUCCAAUUACGUGCAGGCCAAUGGGGGGAUAGUCGUCAGGCAUAAGGAGUUAGAGAACAACAGGGCUUUUUCCGCCAAGACGGGGUGCACCUGAAUGACAUAGGUUUGGACCUGUUCAACUUUAAUUUGCAGGAGGCCAUUAUGCUGGCCUGGAAGUCAUGGCGGCGUAUGCAGAGCUGAAGGGGUCCAGCUCUACAUACUAUGGCGGGUCCUUGUCAGUCUGCCGGGGGGUAAGCUUGUUCUGGUAUGCCAGAUCAGGUAUAUUG